AACCAUCGAAGCACUCUGCUUUUGGUCGAUUUGCCACUCUUCAUUUCGUCGCCCCCAUGUUCUUUUUUUGUUCUCUCUUCGAUUCUCUCAUUAAGAGUCUCCCUCGAUAUCCAUCGAUGAUUAUGCACUUCAAUUCUGGAAUGCUCUGCCUGGGUUAAUGACGCCUAACUACUCUAAAAUUGAGGAACUCCCUGGCUUCUCCGCAGUUUUAGUCCUGAGAUUUCUAUCUUUUCUUUCACUUGGUUUCUAUCCUAGAAGUGUGAUAAAAUAUGCUCAAAACCUUGUAGGCUUUUGAUCUCAAUAUUUCCCCUUUAUUAUGGAUCGAGCGGAUACCUCAGGUUUUGUAAGCGGGGGAUGCUAUAAACUAUUAUCUUAUUAUCGUCACCUGUACUUGGCUCCGAAACAUAAUCCCCUUGUAUGAAGAAAAAAAUUUACUUGAAAACAGUCACAGGAAUUAAGAAAAUAUCUACUAGAAAACUAUCUCACGCAUUCUCACUCUUUUCUCAUAACUAAUAAGAUGGACCUCGGUAUCUUACCAAGAAAGACUCAUCUGAUGAGUUCUUCAAACACGGAUGCAGUUCGUAUGUCUACGUGGUGGAAAAACGAGAAUUUGGGUGAUGAUCCAAGCUAUGGAAUUGAAAAAACCACAAAAGCAGAAUCUUCUCCGAGCAAAUUUGAAUUUGCGGGUCAAGAUGAUUGUUGUAGGUUGGCCCUUGGAAUAGGUCCAACCUCCUCUGCCUAUUGUGCUUGUCACAAAGCUAGGCUUGGGAAGCCUAAAAAAUCUGCAUCUCUGUUCGGCCAAAUGCUAAUCUGUGGAACUGAUCCUGAAAUUUUGCAGCUUGGUCUUGCUGGGGGUUAUACCGAACCUGCACUUCCAAUGUUAUCAAUCCAGUCCGCACAAAUGCAGUUAGACAGUAACGGGAAAAGCCUCUCUCUUACCAUUGAUGAUGAAAGCUCAACUUCAGCAAUGAAACCAGGAGGGUACUUGUCAUCUGUAUUGUUUGCGCCUGUGUCUGAAAGCCUUUGCUGUAGUAGUAAGGGCAUUCAGGAGAUACAGUUCGAGCCUAGCCCAGAGCCCUCUGCGACCAGUGAUUGUUCUCCUUUGACAAAUUCUGGCCUCUUUCCAUCUAGCCAGCGUCACCCACCAAAGAAGUGUAAAUAUUUUGGAUGCUCUAAAGGUGCCCGUGGGGCUUCAGGGCUCUGCAUUGCCCAUGGUGGAGGUCAGAGAUGCCAGAAACCUGGCUGCAAUAAGGGUGCUGAGUGCAGGACUGCCUACUGCAAGGCUCAUGGAGGGGGACGACGCUGCCAUUCUCUGGGUUGCACCAAGUCUGCAGAAGGGAAGACUGACUACUGUAUAGCCCAUGGAGGUGGGCGGCGAUGUGGGCAGCCGGGCUGUAACAAGGCAUCUCGAGGAAAGUCUGGGCUUUGCAUUCGGCAUGGUGGGGGUAAGCGUUGCUCUGUUGCUGGUUGCACCCGCAGUGCUGAGGGUCAGGCUGGACUUUGCAUCUCCCAUGGUGGCGGUCGACGGUGCCAGUUCCCUGAAGGCUGCAAUAAGGGGGCACAGGGGAGCACCAUGUACUGCAAGGCCCAUGGAGGUGGCAGACGGUGCGUGUUCGAAGGGUGCAACAAAGGGGCUGAAGGCAGUACUCCACUGUGUAAGGGUCAUGGUGGUGGCCGACGAUGCUCAUAUGAAGGAGGCGGGGUUUGCCCGAAGAGUGUGCAUGGUGGUACCAACUUUUGUGUGGCACAUGGCGGCGGCAAGCGAUGUGUUGUGCCUGGGUGCACCCGGAGUGCGAGAGGCCGUACCGACCGCUGUGUUAGGCAUGGCGGGGGUAAGCGGUGCCACUAUGAAGGGUGUGGAAAGAGCGCACAGGGAAGCACAAACUACUGCAAGGCCCAUGGUGGUGGGAAGCGCUGCUGUUGGAGUGGAGGAUGUGAGAAGUUUGCUCGGGGAAGGAGUGGGCUGUGCGCCGCUCAUGAAGGAAUCAACCCCCAGCGUGGAAGAAUGAUCACACCUCCAGCAACAAUUGCAGAUAUGCCAUCAGGUAUCGUGUCUGUAACAACGGUGUAUUCAUCAUCAGGGGCGAGCGUGGUAUCGGAUUGCUGCACCACUGAAUCAUCUGAAAACUCGGGAAAGACUAAUGAGUUACUGGAGAACAUGGGGAAGAGGCAGUCCCUCAUCCCACCUGCACAGGCUUCUGUUCCAGUUGAGCUGAACUUGUCAAGGGCGUUGCCAUCGCCAACGGAGACUGUUACCAGCCAAGAAAAAUCUGGGUUUGUGAUUCCUGAGGGUAGGGUGCAUGGUGGUGGUUUGUUGUCCCUUCUUGGCGGGAGCAUUAGAAAAUCCCGGGUUUAGGGAAAUCUGAUUCAUUGUUUGCUAUAAUAAUAGCUACGAGCUUCAUGUCUAUAUUGCUUGGAUUUGGCCUGUAUCUAUUGAAUCCUAAGCUUGGUCUGAUCUAUAUGUGUAAUACGUGAUAUGUCUUGUUUGAUGUGGUUAUGAGAAAAAAAUCAAGUCUUGUUAAUGUUGAUAAAGAAAUAAUGUCAUUCA